AAUCUGUGGUUCAGUUGGCUAACUAAUUUACCUGGCAGGGGGUGAACUGUUUUACAAAUGCUUGACAAUAAAAUAGUAAAGUUAUACCUAAGAAGGGAAUUGUUAACAGAAUGACUGCGACAGAUGAAACAUAUUUGUGGAGAGAGAAGAUUGAGGAGAAGCUCAAACGGGUAACGUUAGGCUCGCUGGCUAGUUACAGUAGCUAGCGUUAGCAAAUCAAGUUAUCCAUGAACUAGGACUAACGUUAGCAGUUGUAGCUUGCUAGUAACUCCUGGGUUAGGGUGUCAAUCAGACCACACAAUGGCUAGUGAACACUUCACAUGUCUGUCCUAAUAUUAUAUGACAUUGCUUGCUAGAGUAGUAGACUUACUAUUAACGUUUUGACUAUUUGUAUGAGGACUCACUGUAUCCUCAUUAAAAGGGACAAUAAUAUUCGCUAUAGGAAGAGCUAACGUUAGCCAAAUUAGAUUAAACUAGCUAGCUACCAAUCCGUUUUCUUCUCAAGGAUCAAGAUCUGCUGACAUUCGUUAGCGACAGCCUUAAAAGAAGUGAUCAACUGACUAAAGGCAUGGUAAGCUACACCUGAAAGCAAAGAAAACUUACAUAAGCUAGCUAACUGUUAGCUACCUGACUUGUGUCCAACUAACGUUACUGUGUCACAGAUAUUAAUUAAAUCAGUGCUUGACUUGGGCAGGAGCUCACUGGAACUGAGUAACGUUACCACACCUCAAAUAUGCUACUACUUGAGUUCCUGCACUUCUCACAUAAUAUUAUUAGCUAAAACGUAUUGGUGAGUUAAUGUAUUGAAUUGCAAAUAAAGUAGAGUUCAAAUGCCAUGUCUUAUUAAGAUAGCUUCAGUUCUAUGCAAGCUUUAACGUGAGACAGUGUAGCUCAAGGUGUGGUGUCCUAGGUGUCCAUUCUCUCAUCGUUGGAGGGCCGUUUGGAGCACCUGGAGAACUCGGUCGUUCCCAUGCACGAAAGCACACAGAACCUGUUGCAGCUGAAGGGGACAAUGCAAAAGACAUUAUUCUACCUGGACGAUGCCAUCUGCCAUUACCAAGCCGUCCGAGACACAGACAAGAUCAUCAUACAGGGGCCUACAGGAAGACUUUCUGACUAUCUAGCCUGUGUUCACCGACUCAAGAAAGCAGAGGAGUACUUUCAACAGGAAGACCCGGACGGGCCUGAGCUGAAUAUGCUGAGAGGCCGUUUAGAGAGUGCCAAGUCACAGCUGGAGUCCCAGUUCCAAGUCCUUUUGGGGCGCUACAGCAAGCCAGUGCAGACAGUCAAAAUCCUGGAUGUCCUGGCCAAAAAGUACCUGAAUGGGUCUGCAGGCGGAGUGGAGGAGGUACAACUCAUACCCCAAACUAGGCUUCAGGACAUCAUCUCCAUCUCCACCUGGCUGAUAGGUAAGGUAGUGGUGCUGCCCAUCUCCACCUGGCUGAUACUGUAG